AUGCGCUCUAAGCAUAAAACCAUCAACACCUACCUUCUCCAGCUACCGCAUCUCGUCGCGCUUCUCUGCUCGCAUAACUGCUCGAUACUGCUACCUAUACUCGCCGUCUUAUGGAGGACGGUAACAAGCAUGAUCCCUGGCGCGUUCCCACGUGGAUUUGUAUCGCUCCUUUUUCCAUUCCAGAAGAACUCUGUCUCUGCUCCACCGACGAUCGAAGGGUCGACCACGACGAGCGUUGAUAUCUCGGCCAUGCAGUCUCUCGCCAAUCGCUUGGAUGGGCAGGCAGGGACCUCAGCCAGGGUGGACGCCAACUAUGAGAGCAGACACGGCGCCGAUGCGUGGGAUAUGCAGUCUGCUUGCCAACUCGCAGGGAGCGAGAAGCAGGCAUCGCGCAAGCCUUGUUCCCUCCACACCCUUCCAGCGAUGCUAAGAGACUGCUAA